AUGGACAUCUCCCGGCGCCAGCUCCACCUGGUCUCUGCGGACGCCGCGCGCCGCAGCGGCGUGGACGGGGCCGACCAGGAGGGCAACCUGACCCUGUCCACCAGCCUGCGCUCCCCCCGCCUCUCCAGCCGCUCCCGGGCCUCGGGGCAUCUGGAGGAACCCUUGCUGGACCCGGAGGCCGCUGCGGAAGCCGGGGAGUCCCCCGCGGGCAACGGCGCGCUGCCCCCUCACCAGCCCCCGCGCGGCGCCCACAACAGCGAGCGCGCGCGCCGCCACUGGCGCUUCGCCGCCUCCCACGUCAGCAAGCUCAUGCCCGACAACUUUGCCAACUCCGACUCCGACACGGCCAGCAUCCUGUCGGAGCGGCGCCUGGCGCGGCGCGGCGGCGACCGCUCCCGCGACGCCAUCGCGCAGACCUUCAUCUCCACGCUGGCGGGCACGCUGGGCACGGGCACCGUGCUCCAGAACCAGUCCAUCGCCAUGGAGCACCACCCCGGGGUGUGGUCCCCCGGGUCAGACGCGCGCUGCAUCGGCCUCAUGCUCGUCUCCUCCUACAUCAACGUGCUCCUGGCCUGCAUCCCCGUGGGCAUUCUGGCCGGCGCGCUGGGCUGGAGCCCCACCCUCGUCUUCAUCAUGAACUUCCUGGCCCUGGUGCCCCUGGCGCUCCUCCUGGGGGAGACGACGGAGGACCUGGCCGUCAGGUUUGGGGACACGGUUGGUGGGCUGCUGAACGCCACCUUUGGGAAUGUGGUGGAACUGAUCCUGUCCAUUGCCGCGCUGCGCAAGGGCCUCUACACGGUGGUGGCCACCAGUCUGAUCGGGUCCAUCCUCUCCAACCUCCUCCUCGUCCUGGGCAUGUGCUUCCUGUUUGGAGGACUGCGUUUCCAGCAGCAGCGCUUCUCGCCGCUGGCCAACAAGGUGGGGUCCUCCCUCCUCUUCGUGGCCUGUAUCGGCAUCAUCAUUCCCACCAUGGCCAAGCGCAUCUAUGGCUCGGAGGUGAUGACCGAUGCCGCGGUGAUCAACCUCAGCCACGCCAUCGCCAUCCUCCUCAUGUUUGUGUACUUCUGUUACCUGACCUUCCAGCUGAAGACGCACAGCGACCUCUUCGCCUCGGGCGAGUCGGAGGACAACCCCGCGCUGUCCCUCUCCGGGGCCCUGGCUUUCCUCUCGGCCAUCACAGUCAUUGUGGCUGUGUGCUCGGAGUUUCUCACCGGCGCCAUCGAGGCAGUGAGUGAAAAAUUCAACAUCAACCCAUCCUUCCUGGGUCUCAUAGUCCUGCCCAUCGCAGGGAAUGCAUGCGAACACAUCACCGCCGUGUUUGUGGCGUUCAAAAACAAGAUGGAUCUGGCGAUCGGAGUGGCGGUCGGCUCCUCCAUCCAGAUAGCCCUUUUUGCCAUCCCUUUCACGGUCCUGGCCGGCUGGGUGAUGGGCACCACCUUCACCCUUGACUUUGAUGUCUUCAGCGUCCUCAUGCUCACAGUGGCUGUCAUCCUGGCCUACUUUGUGUCCUCCGAUGGAUCCUCCAACUGGCUCCUGGGCCUGCAGCUCAUCAUCACCUACGUUCUGAUUGCUGCUGUCUUUUUCUUGGAAAGGGAGCCCAAGCACAGGUCGGGAGGUCACUGA